AUGAAGCACCUCGCAGCUUACCUUCUUCUCGGCCUUGGAGGCAACACCUCCCCCUCUGCCGCUGACAUCAAGGCCGUCCUUGAGUCCGUCGGUAUCGAGGCUGACUCUGAUCGUCUCGACACCCUGAUCUCCGAGCUUGAGGGCAAGGAUAUUCAGCAGCUCAUCGCUGAGGGUUCCGAGAAGCUUGCUUCCGUUCCUUCUGGUGGUGCCGGUGCCGCCGCUGGUGGUGCUGCCGCUGCUGGUGGUGCCGCCGAGGAGGCCAAGGAGGAGGAGAAGGAAGAGGAGAAGGAGGAGUCCGACGAGGAUAUGGGCUUCGGUCUCUUCGACUAA